AUGGACAAGAUCUCAAUCACCAUCUGUGGAGAUGGCGGAUGCGAGGACUCGUACUCCGUUACCCGCAAUGUCGAUGGUCUCCCCUACUUCCUCUCUAUCACUGAUACAGCGGGCCAGGAGGAAUACCGCGGCCUAUGGACGGCCUCUACGCUGAAAUCCGAUGCCUUCCUCCUGGUCUACGAUAUCACCAAUCCCUCAAGUCUCGAAACGCUGGACCAUUUCAUGGACAUGAUCAAUAUGGAGGCGGAGCAGCGCGUGGAGGACAACGAGCGAUUGCGCAAAGAACUCGGGCCCCAGGCUGCAGGGACACAAAUCGGCAUGCCACCGCCGGUCAAGAUUCUCGCCGGCAACAAAUGCGAUCUGAAAGAUGAUCGCGCGGUGACCUCACGCGACGGGCUCGAGUAUGCGCGCAAACACGGAUGCGGAUUCAUGGAGACCAGCGCGCGCGAAAUGACCUGGUCCGUCGCGUUGUCGAAGCCCGUCGAGUUCAUUGCCAACAAGAUACACCACGUCCUCCCCAAUGUGCAGAACCGGUGCACACGACAGCCUUACCGCCGACCAGUGUAG